UCCCUUUUUAAAUGACACCUCCAUCAGUUUCCUUCAGCAUCAAAAUUUUAGCGAUGGUGCUUCCUCCCACGAGAAACACACAAGAAAACUUCAGCAACCUCCAAGCCGAGCUUUUCGACCUAUUGGUAUCGUCAGACCCAAUAGAAUCAUUUAAUGCCCCGACAGAGGGGAACAGCCUGGCGAUUGGGAUGAGAAAAGUAUCGUCCUCUCCCCCGGAUAUGAUGAACCGUUCUAAUCCGGUCUCAGCUCUUCAGGUGAACAUAACACCCGUACAAACCAGCAACUUCCAGCUAAAUCAGCCUCUUCGGGCGCUGUCGAAGCCCGAGCUCUUAAGCUGCAGCCUCCCAAACUCUGCCACGUCUUCGCCCCGUUUCGGGCCUUCGUCCCUUCUCAAGAAGUGGAGGCAAUACGAGAGCCAGACAUCAUCUCCGCAAGAAGGUAGCGCGACGCCUAACUUCAUUACUGGUAGUACCAUUGGUCGAGCUGAGAAGGAUCUGCGCAGAAGCAGGUCGUGUGGUGAUGGAAGAGCUUCUUCUCCUCCGUCGGUCGAAUUUGACGCCAUGUCAGAUAAACUGGAGAAUAGGGGGCUUGAAAAUAGUCAAAAGAGUAUAAUCAAAAGUUCAUCUCCGAAAGCUGAAGUUGGUGUGCAGGAAAGUCGGAGUCAGAUUGGUGAAGGAACAAAAGAGGAGUUCAAGUGUGGGGCUCUCUGCUUGUUCCUCCCCGGCUUUGGAAAGGUAAAGCCCAUACGAGCAAAGACUGAGGCCGAGGAAUAUCACUCACCAUUGCCCGAGCUGACAGAAAACAACAUCAUGAUCUCGAGAUCUGUUUCACUGGAGAAAUUCGAGUGUGGAUCCUGGGCUUCAUCCGCUAUCAUUACCGACUCAAUCAACAAUAAUGAGGAUGGAGAUUCCUCUGCAAAUCUCUAUUUUGAUCUUCCUUUUGAACUGAACCGGAGCUCCCGAAAUGAUGCAAACUCACCAGUGACUGCAGCUUUCAUCUUUGAUAACAAGGAACCAAGAGGGGUUCUAAAGGCCAGCGGUUCCAUAAGAGUAUCAUCUCGGAAGUUGCAAGAGUCAUCUCGCCAUGUUCGGUUCUCUGUUUCGACAUCACCAAGGUCGUGCCCGAAUUCACAGAGUUCUUGCAUCACACCACGCCUAAGGAAGGCGAGGGAAGACUUCAAUGCCUUCUUGGAAGCUCAGAGUGCUUGAAGAAGUAAUUUUUUCGAUUUUACUUUUCAUGUAUUAAUUUGGGUGAAUGUAUGAUCGGGAAACUAUUUCAUAAUAUUAUGUAUUAGGUAUGUCGUUCGCGCCCGUGCGGUGGGGCAAACAAGUCCUUUUGGCCAAUACUUCUGAAUGAAAUUUUGAUCCAGUUUUCA